AUGAAAAAAUCGGAAGUUUCGAUAAAAAAUAGUGGAUUAGUGUAAGCUUCAUCAAAUUUUCAUUCAGAACAAAAACCAUCAAUUUUUUGUUUCAGAGAAUGGCUCAGCGAUAGGCUGGAAGAUUUCGAGCCAAAGAAAAUCGUGAUUUUGGGAAAUGGGCAUUUUGAUGGACCAUUGGAGCCAGGAGCUGAACAAUUGGCUCUUUUUUUGGAACUUGCGAAGGAAAUGGGAGGGUUGGAUGUUGUUUUUCAGGUAGAUUUAUUUUGAAGAAUUCUAACAUAAGUACAAUUUCUUGUGCUUUUAGGUUUUAUAACCAAAAAUUGCUCAUUUUUCAGGAUCCAGUCAUCACCGAAACUGAAAAAUCCUGGCUAAAAUCUCGAAAAAUCGAUAUUCGACCUGAAUCAGAUCUCGAAAUUCUAAUCGAAAAAAACACAAUUAUCGGAAUAAUUCACGGCGAACACGAAAUUUUGGAGCAAUUUUUAGAGUUUAACUCGAAAAACUUCGAAAAAAUCGCACUUUUGGGCAAUAAUUAUGGAUCGAUAAAUUUGGCAUUGAUGAAAAAUAUUGAUGAUUCGAAGAUUCAACGAUUUUUUGAAGAUUCUGAUGUAUUUUUGAUUCCGCCGAAAAUUUGGGAUCAAUCUAAUGCUUUUUCGGAUACUUGUUUAGUAAAAAUGAGGAAAAACUUAUGA